AAACAAAAGAAGGUUUAUUUAAGAAAGAAUAGAGACUCCAGUAGAAACAAGCGGCAGUGAUGGAAACAAAUGGUUACAAUACAAAAAAAAGUCAAAAUGUGAAUUAGGGCCUACACUUAUUAGCAGUUACCUUUCCUGUCUAAUAAAGUAGGAUUUCCCCCAAACUUCAGUCUGUUGCAGAGUUGGCUGGCUUCACAGGAACCAGGAUCUAAUCUUUCAUGAAAAACACUCCCACUCAACAAUAUAUCACCUCAGUGAAUGCAUACAGAGUGCUUCUUUCCACUCUCAGGAAGGUGCUCUAACAACUGAGCUCUGGGAUAAUCUGAUGUAGGGCUCUCCCAGUAGAUCCAGUUGAAGCUGUUCCAUUGUAGAUAAAUCCUUAAAUGGUCAAUGGACCACAGAGAGAAAGAGUGGGAAUAACUCAGUGGCCCCAGGUAUUAGGAGACCAUGUGUUGAGUCCCCCCUGUGCCAAUCACUCUUUAUUUCUCUCUUCACCAGGAGAGAUGGAGGGAGCCCCUACCAGCCUAUCCCACAGCUCAGUGGUUAGAGCAGCCUCCUGAGAGGUAGGAUUUGAACAGGGGUAUCCUUUCUCCUCUGCCAGGGUUGCGGGAAUUGAACCCUGGGUUUCCACCUCCCAGAUGAAUGCUCUAGCCACUGGGAUAAAAGUUAUAAGGGGGGUACCACCUCCAUCUUUGUGUGGUUCAAGACAGACCCAUAACUGUUUCCCCCAAGAAACUAUGUAGGCACCUAAGCACGGAGACAGGUCCUGGAUGUGGAUCAUUAGCAGAGCUAGGCAUCUCCCUGCAGCCAGGAUUUAGGCGCCUAUUUCUGAAAAAGGGGCAGGGCUUAACACAUCAGCAUCUCCCAUUAGUCAGUUUAGGCAUGCUCUCUUUUGUAGAUCACAUUUUAAGGCACCUCUCUCUCCCCAUUCUAUAGAGAGUCUAGGUGUCUAACUCUGCUUUGUGGAUCACAGAACUGUUCUUAAAAAGAAAAGGAGGACUUGUGGCACCUUAGAGACUAACAAAUUUAUUUGAGCAUAAGCUUUCGUGAGCUACAGCUCACUUGAGGGCCGUUCUUGUGAUUUUGUAGGUGCCUACAAAUUAGGAGAGUGUUGCAAUGCCUAAAUCCCUCUGUGGAUUCCAUCCCUAAGUACUUCUAAAAAUUCCAUUAACAAUGGGAUUUACAAAAGUGCCUGGGUGUCUGGGUGCCGAAUGCCAAUGGAGUUUUAUAUACCUACAUACCUUGAAAAAUCUGACUAAAUCCCUCAGUGCCUAACUCCCCAAUUUUCUAAUCGCCUCUAGGCACUAUUAGAAUACAAAUUAGAACAAAUACAAUAAACAAAUCAUAAAAGAGCAAAAAAGCGAUGCCCCAGCCAAGCAGCCUACAAUUAGCCAGAUGGCACAAACUGUAGCAUAGACAGAGCCAAAAUCUAACCCUCUGACGUUUUCUCUGCACAGAGCUUGUGUCAUCUUGACAUUCAGUUGAGCUGCUUUGUGACCGCAGUGAUUUACCGGUGAAAUUCCUUAGAGUGGGGCAAGCUGCCCAGAGGCAAUAGAGCUGAAGGCAGAGGAAAUACAUUUAUCAAAGGACAAGGCAAACCCCAGAAAAAAAAACAGAGACUAGUUUCUGGCUGGGAAGUUAUCCAACAUAUGAGGACAGUUUUAGAGAGGCAGGCCGUGAUCCUGUCGCCUGCCAAUACAUCACUAGAUUUCAGGCCAUUUCCCCUUCUUUGGGAGGAACCAAACUUCUAGGCGGAUUUGCCCAAAGCUGGAGAGUUGUGCCAGCAAAUACCUUCUCCAUGACCUUAUCAGCUGACUCAGUCUGUGAAUGAUUCAAAAGCCAAACUCACAGACCCCUCUGCCCCCCUCCAACUUCGCAGCUCCUCCCAGACCGACACCUGGCUCCGAGCACGCAGAGGGCUGCCGCGGUCUGCCGGUGCUGCGGCUGCACAGCGCCGAACCGGGGAGGCGGCAGCCCGGCACUCCCCUCCCCCGAGUCGGGCCUUUUGCGAGCCCCGGGCUGCGGCUGCUCAUCCGGCAAGCUCGCCGGAGCCCGGUGUGAGACUCUGAUUGGCUCGCAGACCAGGGAGCCGCCACAGCGGGAUUGGCUGGGGAGCUGCCUUUGUUCCCUUUCCACUCCCUCUACGGCAGCCACUGCCUCAGGGCAGCGGAAGUUUGAGUGCAAGAGCUACGCUGGCUGCAGCGGCUGGCUGGGUGCAAGCAGGCGUGAGGUUAGCGCAGCCCUCACCACAUCCGCGUGCCGCUGGUGAGCGUCUCCCUGCUCUGACCCUUCGCUCGCCCAGCCUUGCUCCUAGCGGAGAGAGACAAUGGACUUGGAGAGCAAAGUGAAAAAGAUGGGGUUAGGUCAUGAACAAGGAUUUGGUGCACCAUGCUUAAAAUGCAAGGAUAAAUGUGAAGGAUUUGAACUACACUUCUGGAGAAAAAUAUGUCGAAACUGCAAAUGCGGCCAGGAAGAACAUGAUGUCCUCACAAGCAACGAGGAAGAUCGUAAAGUGGGGAAGCUCUUUGAAGACACAAAAUACACAACCCUUAUUGCAAAGCUGAAAACUGAUGGAAUUCCCAUGUAUAAACGCAACGUAAUGAUACUGACUAAUCCAGUGUCUGCCAAGAAGAAUAUAUCCAUCAAUACUGUGACAUAUGAAUGGGCUCCUCCUGUUCAGAAUCAGACACUGGCUAGACAGUAUAUGCAGAUGCUUCCAAAGGAGAAACAGCCUGUGGCUGGCUCAGAAGGUGCUCAGUACAGGAAGAAACAGUUGGCUAAGCAGCUGCCUGCUCAUGAUCAGGAUCCUUCGAAAUGCCAUGAGUUAUCUCCUAAUGAGGUGAAGCAGAUGGAACAGUUUGUGAAGAAAUACAAGAAUGAGGCACUUGGUGUGGGUGAUGUCAAGUUCCCUAGUGAAGUGGAAGCUAAAGCUACUGACAAGAAUAAUGCUAAUGGUGACAGAAGCACCUCAGCACCUGUAGGAGCAAUGGAGGACAAGUCGUCAGGUCAAAAAGGAUCCCAGUAUUCCUGCUACCGCUGCAAAUUAAACAUGAAAGAAGGUGAUCCAGCUGUUUAUGCUGAGCGUGCUGGAUAUGACAAACUGUGGCACCCCGCUUGCUUUGUCUGCUGCACCUGUAAUGAACUUCUGGUGGACAUGAUCUACUUCUGGAAGAAUGGAAACCUAUAUUGUGGAAGACACUACUGUGACAGUGAGAAACCCCGAUGUGCUGGAUGUGAUGAGCUGAUAUUCAGCAAUGAAUAUACCCAGGCAGAGGGUCAAAACUGGCACCUGAAACACUUUUGCUGCUUUGAUUGUGACUGCGUCUUGGCUGGGGAAAUCUAUGUCAUGGUAAAUGACAAGCCUGUCUGCAAACCAUGCUACGUGAAGAACCAUGCUGUGGUCUGCCAAGGCUGCCAUAAUGCUAUUGAUCCAGAAGUUCAGCGUGUGACCUACAACAACUUCAACUGGCAUGCCACAACAGAGUGCUUCCUGUGUUCCUGUUGUAGCAAGAGUCUAAUUGGCCAGAAAUUCAUGCCAAUAGAAGGAAUGGUCUUCUGCUCAGUAGAAUGUAAGAAAAAAAUGAUGUCUUAAGAGUGGUAUGUGUACAUGAAACUAAGUAUCACCAUGUUUCAAAGUCAUUGCAUUUCUACUGUAAAAUGCAAUAUCUGGGCAUUUAAAAAUUGGCCUAUUCCCAAAGACUCUGAAUGAAUAACCAAGAAACUUGCUCUGUAACUUGCUUUCUUUAACUAUAAGUAAUACUUUGUGAAAGUUUCAUAUUUCUCUAUUCUCUAUGGUAUUGCUUUUGAGCACUUAAUGCUAACUUUUUCAUAUCCCAGAUAUGUAGAAAAAUGUGAUGUGAGCUACAUACCUUAACAGCUGUCUUCACCAAGAAGACUUUCCUCCUCUUGUAAAAUUGCAGGAUAGAAAACAAGCUUAGAACUAACAGAUCAUAUUUCCUGGGUGUGGCUGUCUUUGUGAAUGAUACAUACAGGUUUCUCACUUCAGUUAGGGCAGUAAAUUAACAGUUUUAAAAGCAUUCCUGCUUUCAUCAAGCACUUUGCUAAAGCCACACAUUUUGUCUAAAACAAAAAUGCACCCAGAUUUAUAGAACUCAAUAAAAGUGGAAUGCAAUGUGUCACUUAAGCUUAAUUUACUUUCCCUGAAAACAACUUAACUUUUUAGUAGGUGUACAUGAAAAUUAAAGAAAACUUGUCAAGCUGGAAUAUAUGAGUGAGGCUUCAUUCUGCUAGUUCAAAAAGAUUAGGCCAGUCUGAUUUUGGGCAUAUCCUUUCUCCUCCUCCAAUAAAGAAUUUUAAACUGGCUUUUCCGGUAUUUAUGAAUGCCCUUUUCCAAACUUGUGCAGUUUAUCAAGGGGCAUGGCACAGAAUGACACAUCUAUUUCAUUCUGAGAAUCUGGCAUUCUACGAAAGGUGAAGGACUUUACAUUUUAAGUGAUCUGAAUUUUUAUCUAAAAGUUAGUGGCAUAUGUUGUAAGUUCUUAGCAGAAGCAGAAACAAAAUGGAUAGUUCUCACAAGACCCUUUCAGUAUUUGUAUUUGAACAAAAACUUUACAGUUGUAUACUAACUUCUCUUACUCUAGAACUCAAAAUGGAUUUAAAUAUUGUGAUUAUUUUGGGGAGAGAUCUGAUUCUGAGGGGAGGGGGACUGAAAUUUAAAUUUGUUUAUUUUCUAAGUAACAGUUGUAUGCUGAAAUGUCUUAAUCUGUGUAAUACAGGUGCCAAACAUGAAUGAGAGAGAUGUUGGCUUUGUAAAGAACCAUGCAAAUUUCAAAUUCAGCUCUUUAAGAAUUACACGUCUAUGUAUGUACCUUAAUGCUCACAAAUAAAAAAAGCUUUGCUCAA